GCCUCCACAAGGAAGCAUCGGGGCUGUAUUUAAAGUUGCUCGGGACAGUGGUUUUUAGGUCAGUGUUGUGUUAUUGUGGACUUUGUUUAAAAGUGUCAAACUAAAGCCCUAAGCUGCAGCUGAAGAUGAAAGCCCCUCUGCUGCUGAUUAUGACUGUUUGGUUAAACACUCAGUACGGCGGCAGCUUUGUCUCCUCUUCAUGCUCCCAUCCUCCAUCACAGUGGUGCUCAUCUCUGGACACAGCUAUCCAGUGCGGGGUUUUGAAGCAUUGCCUUGAGUCUAACUUCACCAGGUCCCAUCAGACAGCAGAUCCAAUCCAGGUGGGGCUUUACUAUGAGAGUCUAUGCCCUGGCUGCAGAAUUUUUCUCACUGAGAUGCUCUUCCCCACCUGGGUCUUGCUGCAUGACAUCAUGACUGUUACUCUGGUGCCCUACGGAAAUGCUGUGGAGAAACCUGAUGGACAGAAAUAUGUUUUCGAUUGCCAGCAUGGAGAACAGGAAUGUCUGGGUAACAUGAUUGAGACUUGUCUACUAAACAUGACAUCUAUUGCUUUCCCGGUCAUCUUCUGUAUGGAAUCCUCAAGUGAUGUCAUCAAGUCAGCCAAAAGCUGUUUGGAACUCUACAAUCCCGGGUUGAGCUGGGACAAAAUCAUGGGCUGUGUGAAAGGGGAUCUGGGAAACCAGCUGAUGCAUCUGAAUGCCAUGAAGACCAAAGCGCUGAAUCCACCACACAAUUAUGUGCCUUGGGUGACCAUUAAUGGGGAGCACACAGACGAUUUGCAGGACAAAGCCAUGGCUUCUCUCUUCACUCUCGUCUGCAACAUGUACAAGGGCACCAAGCCUGCAGCCUGCGGAGGGGGCCAGAGACACUUCAAAAGCUACUGCCACAAUGAGUGAAGGAGCAGCACUACACUUGCCUUUAUACUUGCUCUGCUCCAGGUGUGGCCACUAAAUAAGCAACACUGAGGAAUGUCAUCAAAUAUAUAUUUUUUAAUCUUUGAUUUUACAAUCUGUUUCUAUAAAGGGAAUAAUUGAUCACCUCACUUUAUAAUUCAAAGCAUAUAAAUACAGUUGACUUUUUAAAAAAAGAAGUGUCAUUACUGAAAUGUUUUCUACUGAAACCAUGAAACCAUAAAUGCUUUUUGUAGCAUUUUGUCUCAUUGAAAAGUUUUCUGGUAUUUGCACUUUCUGAAAUGCAGUGUUCUCACUGUCCUUCAGAUGGCGCCAUGUUUCAUAAACUCAUCUUCAGUCCCCUGUUACCUGAGGUAAUAAAAGAAAUAAACAGUUACAUGUA